AUGUUAACUCCCACCGACCACCUGUGCAUCCUUCAUGGCAGCCAAAGAGUUUUCAGAAUUUACUUCAGUGGUCGAAACAAGAGCUUGAUCGAUCAUCGGAGAGUUCUACUUGGAAAUUGCAAAGAGUUUUUUUUCCGGUGUUUUCAUCUGGAAACUUUCCUGAUCACUUUUUUCCUUGUGGAGUUCGCGCUGAUUUUUUUCUGAUUUGUGUCACCGAUAACUAUCAAAGUUCUGAGAGUUCAUGGCUCAAAAGUCUUUUUUUUAAUACGAAACAGAUUAGGUGGAGAUGCUUACUGUGAUUUGCGCCCGACCAAGAACGACUUUUCUUCAUGCAAGAAGAUUACGUUGAACGCAAACAGGCUAAAAACAGUAUUUGAAAAAAGGUUUUUUCGAUACGCUUGUUUAGAAAGUCAAGUAGAAAACGAAGAGAAACUUCUUCUAUUUUAGAACACGUUUAGAGAUUGAGUGUAUGAAUAUAUGUAUGUAUGAAGCUAGUGAAAAUUUUUUUUUUUACAAAGCUCCAAUUUUCUGCUCAAGAGCCUUCAAAAUUGGAAAGUUUUCAACUCAUUAUCAACAUUAAACAGGGAUAGAAAUAUUUAUUAUGUGAAUUUUUAUUUUUUUUAAUCAUUUUUUUCUCUUUCUUAUAGCUUUCACAGCAUAAAUACCCAAAAAAGACAUUCCCGUUUCAAUCAGUUUUGUGAACAAUCAACAGAAAAUUAGAAAGUUUCAUUUGACUUAAAUAAGUAACUUUAAAGGUUCACUCUUACAAAAAACAUUUUCUAUGAAUUUUUUUGAUUUCUAGUUAGACGUGAAUCUUGAUGUUCUUGAAGUCUUUUCUGCCACUUUUAUCAAGUUCGGAAGCUCUCAUCAGAACUUCCUGACAGUGCCCAGGCGUCAUAUUUGGACCGUCGAUCCAUACGGUCGAUUCUGAUUUGUUUCUUCGUCUCUUAAUUUCGGAAAAAAAAAUUUUGGCUUGAAAUAAUUUUUUUUUGCGUUGUCAGCGUUAAUUUCUUCAAAACUUUGAAACAAAAGAAAACCAGUUCUCAAUGUAUUAUUCCAUGAUUUCAUCAUCAAUUUUCAUCAUUUUUGAGAUUUUAUCUUACAUUUCCCUAAAAUCCUUGACUUUAGAGUGCAGAAAGCUUUGAGUUCUUUGUAUUAGAAACAAAACUCGGACUAAAGUAUGCCGUCGUCAGAAAAAUAUCGUAGAAAAACUUUUUUUGAGGGAUAGGCCAUUCAAUUGAGAAAAAAUCUCGCGGGACCCAAUUUGGGGCUUUUGUGCGUGUCGAAGAAGCAUGAGGAUCCGGAAAAGUCGGAUCGCCUGAGGGCAAAUUGGAGUAUUGUCUCUGGGCGGUAGUGGUGUCAUCGACCGGAAGCCCAGGCCUUUGAUUAGUCCGAGCCCGGUUGGAUAACUACCGCUUGGUGGGCAGAAGCCGAUCCCACUCCGCCCGCUUCUUGCUCCGCCCCUUGACCGGCCGACAGCUUCUUCACUACGACGUCGCCAGUUUCCUCGGCAUCACGAUGAACCUUCUCGUGUUUGUAACCGUCUUCUGCUGCCUUUUCGUUGCCGUCUUCACCCAAAAAUGUCAGUUUCCCCAGCUUGCCGAAACUUGCUUCAUUUACCCUGCUACUCGCUUCGUAUCAUGUUUCUGAACUGUAAUGAUUAUUUUUUGAGAAGAGCUGUCACAAAAUUGUGUGUCACAAAAGAAGUCAGACUUUUAUAACGUUCUGCGAACUUCCUUAACACGUUUUCUACAGUAAACGACAUCAAUUUAAAAUUCCCCAUGAAAUUUUCCACAUCAAUUUAAGACAUCAAUUUAAAACUCCCCAUGAAAUUUUUCCGUUGAAACAUAAGAAAAAAACAAAAUCUUCAGUGAUACGAACUUACGUGAGGCUGCAAUAGAAAAUCUAGAACUAUCAUUUAGAAUCAAAAAAAGUAUCUCUUUCCAAAAAAACUCUGAAGCAUCGGUCUGCAAAAAAACUUCGUCAACCUGAAUUUUUUUGAUCCAAGAACUUUUUUUCGUUAAUUUUUUUGGACUUUCAUCGUUGAAAGAUUUGAAUUUAUAAACUUUUCAGGAAGACUGAAUAAACAUAAAUAUGCCAUUGGUUUUGAAAGUUUUGAUUUUCACUCCAUUUUCACUCUGAAAACCAUAUGAAUUUUAGCGUCUGUGAACAGUUUUUUUACAUGGAAAAUACUAUAGUUUUAAAUCUCUGUAAAUAAACAAGAGUUUUUUUGAAAAAAAUUCGAGAAGUUCUUGCAUUUGAAAUAAAUUCUAUGAAAAUUCAUCCACAAAUCCUUUGUAAUUCAUGCAUAGAGUCUUGUGUUUUGGAAUCUCGAGAAGACAUGUGUCCCAACGAUUUUUCAAAGCAAGGUUGAAGGCUUGACAUUUUUUUGGAAAAACAUCUCCUAGGAAAUAAAUUUUUGAAUGUUUUAUGAAAAAUAGAAAGCUUCAGAAGAUGAUAUUAUUAUACAGUACCAAACUUUUUCAGCGAAAGGAUCUCCUGAAGUGAUGUCGCCUUCGAUCUACGACGGAGAUGCCAGCCACGACUCCUUGAACAAAGUAUCGAGUUUAUCCUUUUCAUUUCACAAAUCACGGUUCCAGAUCUCAACUCAACUGCUGAGUGUUUUGGCGGAAAUUGAAGAAAUGCAAGACGGUUGGUUUUUUCUCAUUUUCCUAUUUCUGAAAUCACGGUUUUUAGGUAACCAACAAUUCAAGAUGGCAGAAAAGCGACGCAACAAGUUCGAAUUCAUCCGUUUUGGUCGGAAGUGAGAGGCUACCGCUCAGUGAAGCCCCACACCAGUUAUUUAUCGCUGCUUUUAUGAAAUUGUGAUAGCCAUGACUUCAAUAAAAAAGAGAAAUGUGGCUUGAGCUUUUUUUUGCAAGGCAUACCAUUGAAAAUAUAUCAUUGCAAUGGGGGAAAAUUGUAUAGAUAAAACACAGGGAGAAUGAACUAGACCUUUUUUGUGUUACAGAGAAUUUUGCGAAUUUUUAGAAACAACUGAAAAAAUUUGGUCACCUGUGCCUUAAACUAAUAAAAAAAUAAAAAGAAACUACUAAGAAGAACCUCAAAUAAGAGCAUUUUCAGAUACAUGCUUGGAAAAUUCUCCCCUUCUAUCGUAGAUUUUUGCACUUGAACUGAAAGGAGAACCAAGAAAAUGUUUUUGCAACCUGGGGUCCAACCUUUUUAAGAAUAUUUGCGCAAAUCUGGCACCAAUAACCUUCUGCAUCUUUUUUUUUGGUAGUUAUGUGAAGGGUAUCAGAAGAUAUUGAGAAGAGCCUGAAGUUUGACAUCACUGUUUACGAAAACUUACGAAAUGAGUCCACUGAGACGGCUCCAAAGGAAAACAACGUUCCGCCAGAAUUUCUACAAAUCAGAACACCAAGAUUGAAAACUGUUUUUGCUGUCAGUUUUGACAGAAAAAAAACUAGAAAAUCAGGUAUUAUAAGUUAAUUUCUUCACAAUUUUGCGUAGAAAACGUUUAAAUCUGUACACUGCAGAGGUUGUCUGAAAUUUGGGGAAUUAUUCAGAAAUAAUAUAUAAAAUAUAAUUUUUGAGCUCUUAUAUCAAUCACUUGGCAGAUAACUUUCUUUUUUUCGUAAUUCCACCAAAAAAGUUCGAAAUCGCGGUUUAGAGAAAAUGAACAAGAAGCAAAACAACAAUGAGACGCAAUCCAUGAAAAUUUGUCGUUUUCUACCGUAUCCAUGCUGACAUAUGAGCCCAUUACAACUUUGGAGAUAAAAGCCCAAUUUGAGGCAAAUGAUGAAGGGCUUCCAUUGGACAAAACAUUUGCAGAACGAAUGGACCGGCAGCUCAUGACAAAUGACUCGGACGAAAUAAGACGAUGAUGCGAUGCUGAAAGCUCACUUGGGACCUUCAAAAAUACCCGAUUAUUCUUCCACUGUGUUCGCUUUCUUGAAGUUACAUCAAACACCGGAUCCAGUGUAAAAAAGAAGAAAGUUGAUAGGUUCUAUCAAACUUUGGAUAUAAAAUGAGCAACAUUUGAAUCAAAUCCAAUUAUAAGUGUUUUCCAAAACUGAUCAUUCAGAAAGCUUUUUCUGAUGACCUUGUGAAAACGCGUUCCCACUGUAGUGAAGAGACGGAGUAAUUAAAUUAAAAAAACUAGGAGAAGGAGAAAAAUUAUAAAAUAAAAAAAGAUAAUAAUUUAACUUAAUUCAAAUAAGAGUCAAAAUAGGCGCGGAGUGAAAGUAUGAAUUGAAUAAGAAUUUUAAAAAAAAGUUUUGAAGCAAAGGAGUGACUAAUACUAGUAAAAGAAAUAAGUUAAAAAAAAAAAAAGGAGAAAGGAGAUCAAAAGAACAAAAUUUAGGAGUUACUGGUCAAAUCGAGCGGCAAGUGUACAGGGACACUGCUGAGGGCGGGAGAAAACACGCCAUGACGCACUACGCAACUCGCUGGCGGAUUCUUGUGGCCUAA